AUGGGCAAUUCUUCUUCCAACACCGCUCAGACUCAAGAGCAAAAGGAUAUUAAGUACUUGGGCGAUCGCAUGCCCUUUGGAGAUGCAGAACUGAAGAGAUUGUAUCGGUGUUACUACCAAAUUGAACAAGCUUCCGAACGAAUUUCCUUUUUGACGGAUUGGGCUGUUCAUGCCGAUCCACAGGCAACCGAUGCAGUACGGGAGGAACGAGCCCUGUUGAUUGGUGUCUUGGAAGCCAAGGUGCUGCCGGAAGGAUUUGGAAAUCGACUCUAUCAGACGGCCUUUUUGCGAAGAGGUGAGGUGUCCGUGUACAAUGACAACAACAGUCCAAAGAGCAAUGCUGCACCUGUCGAUGAAUACACUCGUGUGGCAAAUUUGGAACAAUUCUUCGAUGGACUCUCCAACUGUGGUCGUAGAGGCACCAAGCAUGCUGUCAAGGUACUCUUUCACUGCUGCGACCAAAAUGCAACCAUAACAACGCCUGAUGAACCCAUGAUUCAAGCCAAUGACUUGAUACAGUUGGGAUACAGGAUUGCUCUUUCUUCCGCUUUUUUGAAAUCCUCCAACCAAGAGGAAGAAGACGAGCAAGACAAUGACAUGGCACGAUUCUUGCCCGCCGAAGACAAACUUAGCCAACAAGAACUACACUCUUUUGCACAAUCCAUUGUAGACCAUUCCAAUGUCAGACGGUCACGCAUGGGGAUUCCCCCCUUGCCAACAACACAAGAGGAACUCUGGGUGUCGAUCGACGACGUCACUUCUUGGGUCAAUGAUGAAGCACCACUGUUUGCAAACACGCUGUCCACCUUUAUGUAUCGAGUAUUUAAUCCUGGACAACCCUACCCACCAUCGCGAACUGAGUUUGUAUAUCCCGUCAUUCCACAAGAAUCUGCAUUUUUUGAAGCUGGAUCCUCCACUCUCUUGUUUGUGUUUGCGUGUUUGUCCACUGCGUUGAGUGGUCAUUUCCACCGAUUGUACACAUCCUUAUCAGACGGCCUGAGCUUUAAUCGACUGCAAAAUUCCUUACUGGGAUACGGUGGACCAACAUUGUUGAUUCUUCGAUCCGCCGAUGGGGACUUGUUUGGGGCAUUCACAGCGUCAAGUUGGAGAGAAUCCAAAGACUUUUAUGGCAAUUCCGAUUGCUUUCUCUAUCAAUUGUUGCCUCGUGUGGCCGUUUAUCGACCCAGUGGAAAUGGCCAAAACUUCAUGUAUUGCAAUAGUUUUGCAAGGAGUCGAGGAUACGACAAACAAGCUCAUGGAAUUGGGUUUGGUGGUACAGUGACAGAGCCACGCCUGUUCAUUGCCGAAGCAUGGGAUUCCUGUUCGGCGUCGAGCCGAGACAUGACGUUUGAAAAUGGACCAUUACUAGGACAAUCUGCAAGUGGUGGCGCCAAUAAACAGUUUGAUUUGGAAGCCUUGGAAGUUUGGGGCGUGGGCGGCGAGGAAGUUGUCAAUGCAGCACUCGGAGAUCGAGUCAAGGCCCGAGCAGUCAAGGAUGCUGCCAUCCAGAAGGCCAGGAAAGUGGACAAAGCUGCUUUCCUUGAUGACUUUCGAUCAGGUAUCAUUGAAAGUAAGGCAUUUGCUCACCGCCAGCAAGUUAAAGGGAGGGCCGAUGCGGAUCUGGAGGAUCACGAUAGGGAAGAAAGAAAGCGUGGUUUUUAA